UAUUUUUAAAUGCAUUUGAUUUCGCUUCAACUUUCACAGGUUUGACUAGUGACACGAUGUUGUACGAGGCACGUGAACGCAGCACGAGUCCUUCUUUUGAGAAGGGCGGGAUUAUGUGACGUCGCAAAUAAACGGGAUCCAAUCAGAAGCCAGAUUGUCAUGUAGCAACACCAAUCAGCGAAGAGGGACUCGCUGGUUGCGAAGGUGGUGGUAGUGGUGGUGGUGGUGGUGAUGUGCUGGAGCAAGUGUUCCCUCCAGGCUCACUGGAUGCCAGCUCUAGCAUGUUUCUAUCGUAAACUGCGGCGCGAGUUGGAGGCAGCUGUGCGUGACAGGCAUCUUUGAAGCACGAAAUUACGAUGCCAUCCCCGAUGGAGGGAUCUUCCAGAGAAGGUGACCUGUUUACUGUGAAACAUGAGCUGAAACAUGCCAACCUUACGGGCCAUGUAGAGAGAGUGGGCAUUGAAAACUUUGAGCUAUUAAAGGUGCUGGGCACAGGAGCAUAUGGCAAAGUGUUCCUGGUCAGGAAAGUGAGCGGCCACGAUGCGGGAAAUCUGUACGCCAUGAAGGUGCUGAAGAAGGCCACGAUUGUACAAAAGGCGAAGACUGCGGAACACACGCGCUCAGAGAGGCAAGUGCUGGAGCACAUCCGCGAGUCUCCGUUCCUCGUCACACUUCACUACGCCUUUCAGACGGACACGAAGCUCCACCUCAUUCUCGAUUAUGUAAAUGGUGGAGAGCUCUUCACCCAUUUAGUUCAAAGGGUGCGAUUUAAGGAGCAAGAAGUGGCCCUCUACAGUGGAGAGAUAGUGUUGGCACUGGAGCAUCUACACAAGCUUGGCAUCGUUUAUCGGGACCUAAAACUUGAAAAUAUUCUACUGGAUUCAAAUGGUCACAUAGUUCUCACAGACUUUGGCCUCAGUAAGGAGUUUGAUCAGGUGGACAGGGCUUUCUCUGUCUGCGGCACCAUUGAAUAUAUGGCGCCAGAGAUUGUGGAGGGAGGAGAGUCUGGACAUGACAAGGCAGUGGACUGGUGGAGCCUUGGCGUGCUGAUGUACGAGCUUUUGACUGGCGGAUCGCCCUUCACUGUUGACGGUCAUGAGAACUCUCACACAGAUAUUGCCAAGAGGAUUUCAAAGAAGGAUCCUCCUUUUCCCAAAGAUAUGGGACCGCUUGCCAAAGACCUCAUCCAGCGACUCCUCAUCAAAGAUCCAAAGAAGAGAUUAGGUUCUGGUCCUAAUGGAGCAGGGAAUGUAAAGAAACACGCAUUUUACCAGAAAAUUAACUGGGAGGACUUGGCUGCCAAAAAGGUGCCCGCCCCAUUCAAGCCAGUGAUUCGGGAUGAGCUGGACGUCAGCAACUUUGCGGACGAGUUCACGGAGAUGGACCCGACCUACUCCCCGGCAGCCCUGCCUCAGAACUGUGACCGCAUUUUCCAGGGCUACUCUUUCAUGGCCCCCUCCAUCCUGUUCAAAAGGAAUGUGGUGAUGGACGACCCUGUCCAGCUGUGUGGGGGCUCAGAGAGGCCAGGCUCUGCUGCGGUGGCCCGCAGCGCCAUGAUGAAGGACUCGCCCUUCUAUAUGAGUUAUGAGAUGGACCUGAAGGACAGCGCUCUGGGAGAAGGCAGCUUCUCAAUCUGCAGACGCUGCACGCACAAGAAGACCGGGCAGAAAUACGCCGUCAAAAUUGUCAGCAAGAGAAUGGAAGCACAGACCCAGAGGGAAAUAGCGGCGCUGAAACUCUGCGACGGUCACCCCAACAUUGUCAAGUUACAUGAAAUUUACCACGACCAGCUGCACACGUACCUGGUGCUGGAGCUGCUCGGUGGAGGGGAGCUCUUGGAGAGGAUUCGCCGAAAGCAACAUUUCAGCGAAACCGAGGCGAGCCGCAUCAUGCGCAAACUGGUGUCUGCCGUCAGCCACAUGCACGAUGUAGGAGUGGUGCACAGGGACCUUAAACCGGAGAACCUGCUCUUCACAGACGAGAGCGAGAACUCCGAGAUCAAAAUCAUAGACUUUGGCUUUGCCCGCCUCAAGCCGCCAGACAAUCAGCUCCUGAAGACGCCGUGCUUCACGCUGCAGUACGCCGCGCCAGAGAUACUCAAAUACGACGGCUAUGAUGAGUCCUGUGACCUCUGGAGUCUGGGGGUCAUUCUGUACACCAUGUUGUCAGGUCAGGUGCCUUUCCAGUGUCAGGAGAAGAGCCUGACCCACACCAGCGCUGAGGAGAUCAUGAAGAAAAUCAAACAGGGGGACUUCUCUUUUGAAGGAGAAGCCUGGAGGAAUGUGUCGCAGCAGGCCAAAGACCUGAUACAAGAGCUGCUGACAGUGGACCCAAACAAGCGGAUUAAAAUGUGCGGUCUGCGUUACAAUGCCUGGCUCCAGGACGACAGCCAGCUGUCCUCCAACCCACUCAUGACCCCGGACAUUCUGGGCUCUUCCACCGCCUCUGUGCACACUUACGUCAAAGCUACCUUUCAUGCAUUUAACAAGUGUAAGCGGGAAGGUUUCCGCCUGCAGACGGUGGACAAGGCGCCACUCGCCAAGAGGAGGAAGAUGAAAAAGACGAGCACCAGCACAGAGACGCGCAGCAGUUCCAGCGAGAGCACCCACUCCUCGUCCUCGUCCUCCCAGUCUCAGGAGAAAACGUGCCCAGAGGGCGACGCCGGUCUGCGGCCUCCCGACAGCACUCCUCCUCUCACCACACCUGUCCACACACCCGUGGCACCGGGAACAGACUCCGCGCCACCGGCCUUUCACUUCUCAGAGGGAGAGUGAGACGUGAGAAACCCAAGAGAUUUCCGACAGUUUUGCAAAACAGGAGUAAAGGCUCAGACCGGAGUAGAGACAACUCUCUUCCCUUUAUCCUCCGUCCCCCCUCCCGGCAACCUCCCUGCCUCUGGCUCAAUUGCAUGGACGUCUGCACGUCUCCGAAAAACCAAGCAUGCAGCAGGAGCAGCAACCGUCGCCUCAACAUCAAGUCAAUUAGCCGCCACUAGCAAUAGCCUGUUCAUUUUCUUUCUCCGUCACCGUCACACACACACACACACACACACACACACAGGCAGACUGUCUCAAUCAGGGACUGGACCAGGGAAAAGUUGUCACCGAUGUCCAAAAAUGAAAAGGGCUGCACUACUGCCACAGGUCCGGACAGACGGCAGCGUUUGUCGACGCCUCCAGAGCUUGUUUUUCUUUAAAAAAAAAAGAAAAAAAAAGGGAAAAGUCUUAGUGUUUACAUCACGGACGCUUUGUAAUUAUAUUUGUCAAAGGGAGGAAAAAGGAAAUGUAACUGCAGCGUAACCACAUGGGUCCACUUUCCCGGGAAGAAGACUCUGCAAGAUGGAGCCGGGUAUUUAUAUGUGAAUUUUACAGACUGAAAUGUAUUUAUGAUAAUAAGCUAUAUUGUUAACUUAUUUAUGGUUCAGAUGGAUCUGAAAAAAGAAAUAAUAAUGGAUACAGUAGUAGGUCUUUCGCGUCUCUCUGUCGUCGUCGCACAUCAACGCUUCUAGUUCAAGAGUAACGCAAGGAGAGAUUAACGCCCGUAUAAUGAAUUGAUGUAACAUUUCAGUUAAACAGAAACAAACACAACAAAAACAGCCAAAAUCCUUAUGUUUAAGGAUUAAAGAAGAAGAAAAAAAGAAGAACCAAACGUGGGUGUAUUAUGUUCUGCCAAAUCUGGGGUUUUAUUGUUGUGUGGGGGAAACUUGCCGCCUGCGGGGAUGUGACCCAACAAGAAGAGCUAUAUUUAGAUCUCGCUCUGCCUCUGAUGUGGGAGCGAGACAACUUCGAGAGCCGCAGCUGCUGCCGCUCCACACAGCCUGAUCCUUGAUUUGGGACUGAGACCAGCAGUGGAUUUGCGCACUUGUGUCGUAUAUAAAAUUCUAUUAAUUGUCUCGCGGCGGCCAAUUGGAUUGAGCAGAUUGUUACAAGCAGGAGAAUCUCCAGAUCGGCUUAGCGGUCGAGAGUUUACGGAGAUCCCUCCGCGAUGUCAGAGAGCGCCUUCAGGCGGCUUCCCUUUUUUUCAAAUAUAGCAAGAUUAAAUAACAGGGGAGGGGAAAAAAGGAAAAGGUUUACUGUACGUGCCAAAAAGAUUCAAUCAGGUAAGAUUCAGUGUUCGCCACCUGGAGUCUUAAGUCUAACCCUUUAUGAAAACAUCAGGUUUGUGAGGACAGACCUUUAAAAACGAACAUUUUGUUCACUUUAAACACUGUCCCUUGCUCCUAUCUACUGUGUUUUAUUUCCCACGUGACUGAAAAUGGAAAUCUUUGCACAGCCAGACAGCACUAACAUUGACUCUGUCCCCAGUGCAUAAUGUGAACCAAAACAUCAGCUUCUUACUCUUUUUUCUUGAUUUAUCGCGAGUUUAGCCACUUGCGUACUUAAAUGUCCCUGAUUUCAUGCAGGAUUUUAAAGGGUUUUUUUUUACACUUAAGUGUAAUGGAGGUGGACUGAUUUGGGUAAAAUGCCUUAAUCAUGAUCUCUCUGACUUGUAUUGUGAUAACUUCAGCACUUGGGCUGUAUGGACUGAACUUUGGGGCUGGGUAUCGAACCAAAAUAUCAAAAUUUGGACUCAUUCGCCUUAGCAUGCAGCAUGCUGUUUGAAAAAUUUAUCAUUAAAGAUUGAAUAUCUGAAUGUUCGAUCAAUACCCAGCCCAAUAUUGACUUAAAACAAGAGCAUUAUAGCGUGAGACGCUACUCUAAAGUGAGGGUGAGAGAUUAAAGCGCUUAGCUGGCAGAGAACAGUCAAAACUAAUUUAUUUGUUCAGCCCAAAAUAAAAAAAACAAACAAAUUUCUUUAAUGGCCUGAAUAUCGUAGAUGACGUUACAAGACUGUGUGAUUUAAAAUGCUCUGUUGACUGUUCUGUUUUUGCACGUAUGUGUCGAUCUGUAUCGAUGAUAGAAUUUUGAAAAUACUGUGUUCGGUUGUACAAAUGUUUUUUUUUUUGUUUAAAUUUUUUAUGUGAAUUUGCUUCUUUUUUUUUUUUUUCCUGUGUUCAACACGUUCAAACACACACACACUCAUCUUCUUCCAUCUGAAUGCACUCUGAAUCGGAACCAAAGCGUUAGCUGUCGGCGCGGCCGCUCCGAGCCGCACGGGAUAUUUAUUUUAAUGCAAAAUAUGCAAAUGAAAUGCUUUCAUUGUCAUCUAUUUAUGUUGUUAUUUUUGUCUCGUUUUUGAUGAAACGUGCGGGAUUUUGUCACCCAUUCCUGACAAAAUCGUCUUAUUUAAAUAUCUGGCUCAUUAUCAUGCUUACAACUAUGCAUCUCUUCUCACUUUUGCCAUUUAAAUUAAAAAAAAAAACCCACCAUGUACUGUACAUGUACUGUACUUAAAUAAAAAAAAAAAAGAUAGUGACACACGCUCCACUGCUUACAAGGAAAAAAGCUCGAAUUCUUGCUUUUAAUCACUUGGAAGCUGUUGUCUAACUUAGUUCGCAUGAGUUCCCUCCCCCGUUGCUGCCUCAUUAAGCCUCUUCUCUUUUGUUUGGGUGUAUAAAUAGCUCGAGUGGAGGAAGAGGAAGAGUGUCCUAUAUUGAGCUCCCCCCUCUGGGAGCCGUGGCUUUAUUAGCUGAUGAUGUGCUGCAGUGCAGUUUGUUCCAAAGAGUAAAAAUACUGUACUCCACUCGGCUGCCACUGUGGGACCCGGCUCACUUUCUUUGGAGGGGGGGGAAACACCAGUGUAGCUCAGAAAUGGUUCGGUUCAGUGCUGAAUUUCAAAACCAGGCUCCCUGGAUGAACAAUUAAGACGUUUUUUUUGGAUGUCACUGAGGGAAGGAAGUGUUGUCUUUGGAAUCUCAGUGAAAGUAUUUCUUUAUCGAAAGUGUUGUUGUUGUUUUUGAGGUCUGAAAGCAACUGAUGAGCUACACCGUUGUAUGUGAGGCUUUGUUAAUCACAGGGCUGCCAAUGUGGCCAUUUGUUUGUUUAUCUUUUACUAUGGGGGUCAUAUGGAGCUGUCCGUGGUGCUGAACAGGCCAAAACCUCUUGUUUUUGUGACAAUAGAGAGUCCACCCAUCCAUUUUCUACUGCUUUAUCCUCCACAUGAGGGUCGACAGGGCGAUAGGCGGGGGUUACACCCUGGACAGGUCGCCAGUCCAUCACAGGGACACACAAUCUCACACCUACGGUCAAUUUAGAGUGUCCAAUUGACCUAAUCUGCAUGUUAAAACCCACACACACACACAGAGAACAUGCAAACAAUAUAGUGACUUCAUUUUCUUUCUUGAUUAAUUGGCUGUGUGUGGUAGAAACAACAUGAAAAAUGUUGAUUCAUGUUUCCCAAAUCUCGUGUUUUGUCCAAACCCCCAAAUCUAUGAAGUUCCCUGUCAUCGAGGAGCAAAGAAACUAAACAAUUCUCCACAAGAAAAUUAGUUUUUCAAUAAAAAACGCUGAAACCUUUAGUUGGCAAUUCAUUUAUUUUGUUGAUAACUAAUCUAUUAAAGGGCAGCUUCACCCAUUUUGAACUUAAAUAAUAAACUUAAAAUCAUUAUGAUGCUGCUGUGUUUGUUUAAUACACAUGAUUUUUCAGCUCUUUUACUCAAAAAAUAGCA